GAGACCAGAGCAUAAGAGACCAGAACAUCAGAGACCAGAACAUCAGAGACCAGAACAUCAGAGACCAGAACAUCAGAGACCAGAACAUCAGAGACAAUACAAUCUUCAGCAUCUCAACCAUCUCUGAACCAUGAAGACCCUGACUGCUCCACUCCUCCUGGGACUGCUCUGCUCCCUGCAUACGACGUCUGCAGCUGUCAUGGGGAUUUCAUUAAAGACUACCAGAGAAUGCUGUGUGAAGUUCUCCCAGAAGAGGAUCCCUCUUGGUGCAGUGGUUUCAGUUUCUAGAACCUCUAGUAGCUGCCCUCAACAAGCACUUGUGUUUACAACAAAGAAAGGGAAUCGAUUUUGUGUCGACCAAUCUCAGGCCUGGGUCCAGAGAUAUGUGACCAAGAUUGAGAGCAGAUCGUUGUCUCUGCCAGGACAACGAUGAUGUCAUCAACCACCGCCACCACAAACUCACUGCAAUAACUGUCAGAUCUGUCAAGAAAAUAAAUAUUAUAUUUUUGUUGUACA